AUGAGCGGACGGCCUUUGCUUGUUAUUCCAUCGCAGUCGGCGUCGCCCAGCAAUCAGCCGAUCAGCCCAAAUGGCCGUCCCGCAACAUGGUCCUGGUCUGCGCAGCGCAAGAUGGCCAGGCUCUACCUGUUCACGACGCUGCCGGUUGACAAGAUCCGGGCCAUCGUCAACGCGCUGUCUCCCGAUAGGACGAUCAAACAGAGCUCGGCCAACAAGAGGCUCCAGCUGCUCUUCGAUAAAGAGCCGCGAUGGCUUCACCCGCGCGAUGAAGACGACAUGGAGCGGAGAGUUACCGAGCUAGCCAACUCGCCGGUCCAGCUUCGUUUGGCGCAAGAGGCGCGAUUCCCUGCAUCUCCCAGUGAUGCCUGCUCCGGCUCAACUGUCUUCGGCAGUGAUCCCGUCUUCGAGUCUCAAGAGUCUGGUUACUCCUUUUCAAACGACCUCAUCCCAGAACAAAGCGUCAGCCACGGCUGGGACAACAGAGACGACUGUGCAGGCGCUCGUCCGCACGACAAGCGCUUUGCCGAGUUCCUCCGCCAGACAACUUGCUUGACCGACUCAAGCGCAAACACCACGGGCACCUUCAGAAACCACCUUAGGGGACGCGCAGAGCCAUACAUCAAAGUCGUAAAGCGACUUGUCAAGAGAUUCACCUCACUGUCACUUGAUCGCCCGGGCAUGUCGCGCCACCACAGCCCGCGUGUGGUGUGGGACAAGGACUGGAUUGGCGAUCCCGAGGCGACGGACUUGACCUUCAAGGACUUUUCUUUGCCCGGAAGCCUGCUAUACCCCAAUCGUUCUGCCCCGUUUGGGUGUGAUACCGGUGUGAUGCCUACACGGGAGGAUGGGGCUUACAGACACCAACGGCACUUCGACUGGACGACAUUCAGGGGACCACCGCUUCGUACUGCUGCCAUUCCCCUCGCGCCUCUGACCCAAGAGGACAUUCACCGGCGGGACUGCUACCAACAUACCGUGCUGCAUCUCCUGGCAGCUCGCGGGGACUUCCAAGCGUUGUAUGUAGCUCUCAGCAGCGGUGCCGCUGCCGCCAUCGUCAAUGUUCAAAACACAGCCGGGCAGACGUUCAUGCACCUCAUCAGGGAUGACGAAGGUGUAUUGGAUGAUGCACGCUUGUCACAGCUCAUAGAAGCCGCAAAGGCCUUGGGGUUCAACCUGCUCGCAAGGGACUGCUUUGGCCGCUCUUCUUUGCAUUCUCUCACCCUGCUGAGCAAGGCCGUGCACGCGAGGUGCCUGUAUGACCUUGAUCCUCGCGAGUAUCUUCAGCGCGAUGCAUUUGGGUUCAUACCACCCGUCGGGCCCUGUAUGACAGACUCGCUGGUACCAUUCAGUGUUCCGAGAGAACGUGUACUGGGUAUUGAUCCUAACACAGUACCGGACCGCGCCCUGGACCCUGGGAGGAGUGAUCAUCCGGCAAUAUCGCAGGACAGUCAAUUGUUGCAAAACAUCAGGGUGUCGAUGGCCAACCGCUUCCAUGAGGAUAGGUGCGGCAACAAUGGCCUCCACUGCCUUGCCAUGGCUCCGCUGAGCGUGGGAAGCUUGGCCGAGAGGCAUGACUUGGAUAUGGAAACAGGGGACUUUCGUGUUCCCAGUCAUCAAACCGCAAUGGAUUCGUCGGAGCAGAGUCUGCGAUUUCGAUACGAGACGCUGCAGACCUUGCUGGAUGCCGGACAAGACCCGAAUCACCGGAACAUGUUUGGCAACACCCCCCUCAUGGCCUUUGCCGCGGCGCUGCCGGAGGAGGACGAGUACAAGCUUGGGCCGGCCAUCUUGCAGCUCCUGGUCUCGAGAGGGGCCGACGUCAAUGCGCGGAACAAGAGGGGCGAGACGGCGCUUCACGUUGCCGUGCGCUUCCACCGAAAGCUCGCUGCCAAAGCGCUGGUCAUGGCGGGAGCCAACGUGGACGUGCGGAACUCGGACCAGAGGAGCUUGCUUGACGUCUGUGACGCACACAUCCCGUCUGAGCCCAAGGAGUAUGCCAAGUACCUGGCAUGCAGGGCGUGGCUGAGCGGGCCGGCGAGGGCGCAGCAGAGUCCGUCGUUUUGGCAUGAGUGGAGGGUGAAGGGAAGGGUGAAGAUUGAUUAA